GGUGUGCUGGGUCGGGCAUCGAGUCCAAAGAUCUUGGGAGAUUCGAGGACGGGUGCCUUAGGUCCAUGGUUUGCCAUGUUCUUUUGGUGUGGCGAGGCAAUCCAGGCCUGGACAGAUUUGACACAAUUGAGGGAUGGGGUGUUCAUCCCAUCAUUGUUGUGACUGCCCGAGAUUGGGCUCGGAUGAGUGCCGGCGAUAACACGUCUGGGAAUUGCGGAUGUGGAGGUACAGAAACGGCAUUAGGUCCAAUGACGGCAAGAUGGAUAACGAUUGGUGAGGCUACAGUCCACUUUCCUGACUCGUUCGCCAUGGCGAGGAUGGGCCCGAUAGAGGUUCAUGUUCACAGAAGCGAAUAUCGAAUGCGACUGGUUGGUGGUAUCCAAGUGAGCAACUUGGCAGACAAGUCAGUUGAGAGAGCAGGCCGACUAUGUGCUUGUGCGAAUGAGAAGGAGACGACGGGCGAGCAGGGAGCAAAAGUGGGCUGA